ACAGUUACUAGAAUCGCAUUAAUAAUUAAAUUGAAUAUUGAAUUUAUUUUAAGUUAAAAACUAAUAAACUAAACAAAAAUAAUAAUGUCAAAUCUACAAAGAUCCAUUAUGAAAUCUCGUCUACCGCCAACAAUUCCUGGUAGUAGAAUUGGAAGAUCUGAUUCAUUUAAAAAAUCAAAAUCUCGAGAUUACAAGCCAACACUUUGGAGCGAAUACUUUGUUGAAAAAGAAGAUGUGCAAAUCGAUGAGAAAACAGUAUUUCGCGUCUAUCGCACUAGCCAGCCCCAAAAAGCCGGUCCAAUUAUUCUUCUGUUGCAUGGAGGAGGCUAUUCCGCUCUAACUUGGUCACAUUUUUGUGUGGAAAUAACACACAUGAUCCAUUGUCAGUGUUUGUCGGUAGAUAUGAGAGGACAUGGUGACACAAUUACCGAUGACGAAGAAGACUUGUCUGCUGAAACACUUGCUACAGACAUUGGAAAACUUAUAAGCAAACUGUAUCCUGACGAUACACCCUGUCCACCAAUACAUUUGGUUGGACAUUCAAUGGGUGGCGCUAUUGCUGUGCAUAUUGCCCACAUGGAACUCAUCCCAGCACUAGUUGGUGUUACCGUCAUUGAUGUGGUUGAGGGUACUGCUAUGGAAGCUCUUGCCAGCAUGCAGAGCUUCCUGAGAUCUAGACCGAAUUUCUUUAAGAGUAUACCGAAUGCAAUAGAAUGGUGCAUUCGCAGUGGACAGAUAAGAAACAUCGACAGUGCCAAGGUAUCUAUGCCUGGGCAAAUAAUCAAUUGCACAACGAAGAAGCUCGCCACUAAUGAGCUUCCCUUACAAGACGAUCCCGAAGAAUCAAGCGAAACAUCGACAUUUACCCAUCCUUUGGUUAUAUCUGAAGAUGAAGAAGUAGCCGAAAAUGCAGAAAACGCCACAUCGCCAACUUCAUCUACAGCACCCCCAUUGCCUCCAAGUAUUAAUUUUAAAAAACCAGAACCAUUAAAUGAUGAGGCCAAUAAGAAAUACACUUGGCGUAUUGAUUUAUCCAAAUCAGAGAAAUAUUGGGUUGGUUGGUUUUCUGGUUUAAGUGAGAAAUUCCUAAGUUUAAGAGUGCCAAAGCAACUUUUAUUAGCAAGUAUUGAUGGUUUGGAUAAAACACUUACAGUUGGACAAAUGCAAGGAAAAUUUCAAAUGCAAGUUCUAGCUCGAUGUGGUCAUGCCGUACACGAAGAUCGCCCACACGAAGUCGCCGAAGUAAUUAGCUCCUAUUUAAUUCGGAAUCGAUUUGCUGAAGCAGCUGGAGAAUUUCGUUCACACAUGCCGGCGUGUUAAAUAACAAGCAAAAGAGAUUAUAUUUCUAUAUGAGGCGGCUUAAGGUGCAUGUGAUUGAAAUUUUCAAAUAGAUUGUUGUUUUUUUUUGCUUGGUUUGAAAUGAGGAAACGACUUUAUAAUUGUUUCUCUACCUUAUAUACUUAUCCUAAAAAAAAAUUUGUAAAACUUCGCCACCGAAAAGGCCAACAUUAUUCAAGACUAUUUAUUUGAAAAAAAAAAUUAAUACAUGAUUUUUUUUGUCAGCUUUGUGCGUACAAAUAUUAGACGCAUUGAUUCGCUAUUUAUAUAAUAUAUAUAAAUGUAUACGUAAUUUCUUUCUUAUUUGUAUGCUUAAGAAUAUUAUAUUUAUUAAUAUGAACAAGAAAACAAAUAUUACAACAAAAAAAAAAUUCCUUUGGAAUCUUAGCAAGAGGUCAUUUUACUAACUUUUUGCCUCUCUAAUCUAUUGAAUGCAUUUGAAUGUCUCUCCAAAUUUUUGUAAAUAAUAAAUUAUAUUAACGAAAAACUAUUUAUUCAUUAGCGGAAACAUACAAAAACCGCAA